UGGCUGCUGCACGACAGGCCACGCCCCCUCCAGUGGAGCGAAAAACAAGAUUUCCACGUGAAGUUUCAAAACAUGUCACGACUUUUAUCCUCUGAUAUAAAAGUUUAUUAAUCUCUGCAGCUAAUUAGUGAAACCACGUCUUCUUCUCGUUAACGUGAACAAUUGAAGUAAUUUGUUACGUUACCGCGGCGAUUACACACCGUUAAAAUAUAACUGGAAUCCGGUUCACCUGCUCACAGGUGUGUGUUUUUAUGUCUAUAUCUAGGUGUGUGUGUGUGCAGGUGUGUGUUCUUUAUAUAAAUUCCUAACCUGAAUGUCCUGUACGUCCUGUUCACACACACCCACACACACACACACACACACACACCUGGAUUGAAAUAAAUCAAACACACACACAGGAAAUCAAAAGAUCCUUUGAUGUUUUCAGAUCUCGAUGUUCACGGUCGAGGUGAGCGCUCCGGACAGUGUGUGUGUGUUAUUGUGUUAGUGUGUGUUAAAGUGUGUGUGUUAAAGUGUGUGUGUGUUAAAGUGUGUGUGUGUUAAAGUGUGUGUGUGUGGUCCCCCGCCCUGCAGCACAAAGGGGAUUACUCUAAUGCAGUGGUUCCCAAAGUGGGGGGCGCGCCCCCUAGGGGGGGCGCAGAGCAAUUGCAGGGGGGGCGCGGAGCGCGGGAAGAAUGAAUGAAAAUAUAAAUACGGUAGGCUAAGUUACACUGCUAGCAAAACAUGGAGAAAUUCUUGACACAGCAUAAACGGAAAGCAGAGGAUGAAGCAUCACCAGAUGUGCUUCCAAAGCAAUUUCCCAAGGCAAAGAUGAGAAAAUAUGAUGAAGCAUAUCUGGCUUUUGGCUUCACCUGUACAACGGUGGGUAACGAGGAGAGACCGCAGUGUGUUGUCUGUCUUAAAGUGCUAGCUUGUGACAGCUUGAAGCCGAACAAGUUAAGACGCCACUUGGAGACGAAUCAUCCAGAGCACAAAGACAAGCCAGUUGACUUUUUCAGACACAAACUUGUAAACUGCCGUGCUCAACAGUCCCUCUUUACUAAAGCUGCAUCUGUGCCGGCAAAUGCUCAACUCGCCUCAUAUAAAGUUGCCUACCGAGUGGCACAGUGUAAAAAGCCGCACACAAUAGCGGAGGAAUUAAUACUUCCCUGUGCUAUGGACAUGGUUUCAGUUAUGCUUAAUGACUCUGCAGCCAGCAAACUAAGGGCUAUUCCUCUGUCUAACAACACCAUAGGCAGGCGCAUUUAUGAUAUAUCAAAGGACAUCGAAGAGCAGCUUAAUGAUAAGGUGCGAGACGGCCGCUUUUCCCUGCAGAUGGAUGAAGCCACUGACAGUAACAAAGACUGUUUACUGAUAACUUAUGUCCGAUUCAUAGAUGGAGAUGACAUGAGAGAGGAAUUGCUUUUCUGCAAACAAAUUACUGGCAGGGCCACAGCAGAAGAACUGUUUAAAAUCAUUGACACUUACUUGAAAGAGGCCAAUCUGAAAUGGGAGGACUGUGUGGGGAUCUGCACAGACGGGGCGCGGGCUAUGGCUGGGAUACGGGGAGGGCUGCAAGCGCUCAUCAAGCGCGUCUCCCCCAAUGCGCACUGGACGCACUGCAUGAUACACCGCGAAGCGCUGGCUUCUAAACAGCUGAGUCCCGAGCUAAAUGAUGUAAUGACCCACGUCAUUGCUACAGUGAACUACAUUAAAACAAGACCUGUCAAAGCCCGAAUUUUUUCGGCACUGUGUGAGGAAAUGGGCUCCGAUCACACAGCUGUCCUCUUUCAUAGCGAGUCCCGAUGGCUGUCACGUGGGAAAGUGCUGUCCAGGGUCCUGGAGCUGCGAGAUGAAAUACGCAUCUUUUUGAAGGAAGAGCGCAGCGAUCUUGCAGAUAAUUUUUACUGUAACAAGUUCCUCAUGAAACUUGCAUACCUCAGUGACAUGUUUCUGAAACUCAACGAGCUGAAUCUACAGUUGCAGGGAAAAAAUACUCACCUGCCACAGCUGGCAGAUAAAAUCACGUCAUUCGUCAGAAAACUUGAGAUGUGGCUGCAGCGAGUGAAAGUUGGACGUGUGGACUCAUUUGAGAACCUGAAAUCAUUCAUUGAAGACAACAAGCUGCAGAACACAGUGAUCCCAUGCAUGGAAGAACACAUCUCUGCCCUUCAGAAACAUUUCCAGAGAUAUUUCCUGAUGCAGGAUCCAAAACAAUAUGAUUGGAUCCGUGAUCCUUUCAGUGCAUCACCACCUGCCGACUUAAGCACACCAGAGGAGGAACAGUUCAUAGAUGUCACCUCUGACUCAACACUGAGGCUGCAGUUUCAGUCGAAGACACUGGCUGCAUUCUGGAUUGGAGUGGAGAAACAGUAUCCACUUCUUGGCAAGAGAGCCCUGGCCACACUCCUUCCUUUUGCCACAUCCUACCUAUGCGAGAUAGGAUUUUCUGCUGUGGCCUCCAUCAAAACAAAAUACAGGUCAAAGAUGGACAUUGAGAAUGAACUCAGGGUGGCAAUCUCAAAGUUGCCACCAAGAUUUGAAAAGAUCUGCAGCAUGAAGCAGGCCCACACCAGUCACUAAAAAGAUGAGAGGUGUCAUUUUUGAACAUUUUUGUUUUUGUUUUCCUCUCAGGGAGUUUUUUGCAGAGAGGCAAUUUUUUCAAAAAUACACGAUUAAAUGUUGAACAUAAAAAAAGAAACUUGUUACACUGAACAUACUUACACAGGCAUUAAAAUGCUUGAAAACUGUUACAUUAAUUACAAUCUGCUGUUUAUGGCAGUUCACUUUUAUUUUUUCAAAAAAAAAAAAAAAAAAGGUUGACGUUUGACACUUACAAUCUGCAGUUAGGGUUGAGGUUUAUAUUAAUUACAAUGUAAUAAAAAGGACUCUGAAAACAAAAUGUAUGUCCUUUAAUUGUGUUUGUGUGUGUGUG